AUGAUUUACUUGGUGGAGACUGUUGUUGGGUAUGGACUUUUCGACAAGACAGAUCUGUCUGAAGAGCCACGACUUGUCGAGACGUACAAAUUUGAGAGUAUUGACGAAGCACUAGAGUCUUCUGGACUGCUGAUCAAGGGGGAAGUUCCGAGCAAUCUGGAGAGGUUUAUGAAGCUUGCAGAGGUUAAGGACAAAGAGGUCUUGGCUGUGGAUGACCAGAAACUGGUGGAGCCUUUAUCGAAGAAGUUUUUGAGAAAGGUUGUAUACUUGAAUGAUGAUGUCCAGAGGCUGAUAAGAUCCAAUGUCCACAAGUAUUUUGGGAUGAGUGGGAGGGAAUAUUCGGAAAGGAUCCUGUGCAUAGCACACAAGAUAUCAAUGGAAAAGGUUAAGAUUGUGCCCGAGAAGAUUGACACCAUGGUGAUUCAGUCUGUCUCACUUCUGGAGGAUAUGGACAGAGACAUCAACCUCCAUUGCAUGAGACUCAAGGAAUGGUAUGGGUUCCACUUCCCCGAACUGUCUUCUGUGACAGACAAUAACAGGAAAUAUUUAAGACUUGUUGUGGCGAUUGGGAGAAAGGAGAGUAUUGAGGAGAAGAAGGAAGAGCUCAAGGAAAUAGCCAAAGAUGAGUGGGAAAGGAUUGUAAGUCUUGCAAAGACAAGCAUGGGGAUUGCAAUGGACUCAUCGGAUGUUCUGAAUAUAUUGGAGGAUGCAAAAAGCGUAUUAAAGAGCUUUGAAUUCCGAGAUGAGCUUGUGGAAUACAUACGGGUGAAGAUGGAGGAUCUUGCCCCAAACAUAACGUCUCUGAUUGGGGAAGUGAUAGGAGCAAAGAUGAUAAGCAAAGCAGGGUCUCUUUCAAAUCUUGCUAAGAUGCCUGGGUCAUCGAUCCAGAUCAUGGGGGCAGAGAAAGCCUUGUUCCAAGCAUUGAAGUCAAAGACAAAUACUCCGAAGUAUGGUAUGAUCUACGGAUGUUCUCUCCUAGGACAAGUGGAUUCUCAACAUAAAGGAAAGAUAGCUAGGAGCUUGGCGUCUAAGAUUGCAAUAGCAGCCAGAAUCGAUUCCUAUGGGGAGAAGGUAACGAACGAGGCUGGCAUAAGGAUGCAGGAGGCGAUCAAGAGAAGAAUUAAGGACUUGGAGGCCAGAAGCAGAUCGGAGAAGAAGCCGGUGAAAAAACUUAAGUACGAGGUGAAGCCGGACUUCUAUGACGACUCAAAGGACUCCAAGAAGAUCAAACUGAAAUAA